UUAUUUGCGCCAUUUUGGAGAGCAGUUUCUAGGCUGGAUGUGUAUUGUCUGUCAGAGGAUGAGCACAGCCUUAUUACUGACGGCAGCGGAGCCAGACUUCAGCUCGUUUAUUUGACGGAGCGGAGACUCUAGCGUUUACGUUGUUCACAGCAGAGCCGUGUCUGUCCGUCCUCGAGGCUUUCGGCGUUUACCGAGCGGGGAGGAGCGGUCGGUGUGUCUCGGUCCCUCAACCGGGCGGCUGCUUCUCUCCCCUCGAGGAGCUAACGGUCUUCUAAUGAUCUGAAAAGUGAAAGUCAGCCAUCCUGAGGUGACACAUUUCACUCAGACGGGAGCACUGGAUGUGAACACAGGUGGACAGAAUGUUCCAGCUCCCUGUCAAUAAUCUGGGCAUUCUGCGGAAAGCUCGGAAAAAUGUCAAGAAGGUCCUGGGAGACAUCGGCUUGGAGUUCUGUAGAGAUCACCUGGAGGACUUUAAAGACUUCACUCCUCCGGAAGUUUAUAUAAAGCACACUACCUGGGAAGAUGUGUGCAUGUGGGAGCCAUCACACACCAAAGUCCAGGACUACAGAUCAAAGCCUUUCUGCUGCUCUGGGUGUGUAUUCUCAUCCAAGUACUUCUCAGCUUACAAGAGCCACUUCCGUAAUGUCCACAGUGAGGACUUCGAGAACCACAUUCUGCUCAACUGCCCUUAUUGCACUUACAAUGGCAACAAAAAAACUUUGGAAACGCACAUCAAACUUUUCCACAUGCCUACCAGCACUGUCCGGCAGGGCCACAGUGGCAUGUUGGCGGGAGCCAGUGGAAUUGUGAUGAAAGAUGGGAUAUUGAAAAGAACUGGGGACAGUUUGGAGCAGGCGGUGUACUACUGCAAAAAAUGCACCUACAGAGACCCUUUGUACAAUGUAGUGCGAAAGCACAUCUACAGGGAACACUUCCAGCAAGUAGCACAGCCCUAUAUUGUGAAACCAGGAGACAAGGCAAGUACUCAGAAUGGUGGACUAGCAGGGCAAGGCAUUGUGAAUACAGAGGGUGGUAACACCAACAGUGGCAUUAGUAACCAGAUUCACUGCAAGAAGUGUCUCUUUGUCCCAAGAACCUAUGAAGCACUUGUUCAACAUGUAAUUGAGGAUCACGAAAGGAUUGGCUACCAGGUUACUGCUAUGAUUGGACAUACCAGUGUAGUUGUCCCCCGUCCCAAACCUGUCAUCAUGAUACCCCCCAAAACCCAAGGAGACAAGACCAUUAUUGGGAUGGGACCCAAAGGUGCUGUGAUGGCUACAACAAGGUCUCCUGCCAUGCAGCAGCUGGGGCGUGUCAUCCCAUCAAAGACAGGCUUCAACUCCCAAAGUCUUCUGUCUGGUAUAAAACAUGAUGCAAUGGGCUUGAAGCCUGGUACUAUCCAGCCCUUCUCCCUCAACAGUCAGCAGAUAAGGGUUACUUUACCAGGGAAUGCCCAGAUUUCAGUGCCACAGCACUCACACACAGCAAAGCAGCUUCUUUCAAGUGGCAGUCUUCGGAGCCCAGUUAUGAUGAAUUCUUCAUCUUCGGUCAAAUCCAACCCUCUGGGCUCUCGUGUCCAGGCAGCAGCUACUACUGUAGCCUCUGUCACAGCUAAGAAAGGUGGCUCUUCAGUCCUUGGCACAUCCUACACCCAAAAGUGGAAAAUCUGUACAAUCUGCAAUGAGCUCUUUCCAGAGAAUGUGUACAGUUCUCACUUUGAAAAGGAGCACAAGGCAGAGAAGGUUCCUGCUGUGGCAAACUACAUUAUGAAGAUACACAACUUCACAAGCAAGUGUCUCUACUGCAACAGAUAUCUCCCCAGUGACACACUGCUUAAUCACAUGCUGAUCCAUGGCCUGUCUUGCCCACACUGCCGUGCUACUUUCAAUGACGUUGAGAAGAUGGUGGCGCACAUGAGGCUCUCCCAUCCAGAUGAGCGCGUUGGCCCACGCACCGACUCUCCUUUGACAUUUGACCUCACUCUGCAGCAGGGCAAUCCUAAGAAUGUUCAGUUGAUUGUCACUACUUACAACAUGAGAGAUGCCCCAGAGGAGUCUGUGGCAUUUCAUGCCCAAAACAACAGCUCCCUGUCAUCAGCCAUGUCUGCCUCAUUAUUAUCAAGUAAAAGGUUGGUGCCUCAACACCAACCCAAACUGCUUUCAGGUGCUGCUGAUAAUGUUCUUGCCAAGAGUGUCCAGCAGGCAUCUGUGCCCUAUAAGAGGGAUGUGGGCAAGACAUUGUGUCCUCUGUGUUUCUCCAUCCUCAAGGGCCCAAUCUCAGAUUCACUGGCCCACCAUCUAAAAGAUCGCCACCAGGUGAUACAAACGGUCCAUCCUGUAGAAAAGAAAUUAACCUACAAGUGUAUUCACUGUUUGGGGGUUUAUACUAGCAACAUGACUGCCUCAACCAUUACUCUACAUCUGGUGCACUGCCGUGGUGUUGGGAAGUCCCAGAAUGGGCAGGACAGCCGAACAGCUCACUCUUCUCGGGUCAGCCAGCCCCAAAGUGGGACGCUAAAACGGGCCAGUUUUGAUAAUGCUCACAGUAAUUUGCCAAAAAGGAGGAGGCUGGGCCCUCCAGGAGAAAGAGCUCAUCCACGGGAUUAUAACAGUUCAUCCACAUUUGCUGAAAAUAUUGAUGAACCUGUAGUCCUUGCUCUCGAUCCCAAAGGUCAUGAAAAUGAGUCAUACGAGUCUAGAAAGACAUUUCUAACACAGUAUUUCAAUCGUAAGCCAUAUCCCACUCAACGAGAGGUGGAGAAGCUGGCAGCUAGUCUGUGGCUGUGGAAGUCUGAUAUCUCCAGCCAUUUUGUGAACACACAGAGGAGUUGUGUAGAAGAUUGCAAAACACAGGCAGCCAAUGUGUUGCUUGGGUUCAAUAUGGAAGAAGUUAGCAAAGUAGAUCACGAGCUAGCGUUUAUCCAAGACCGUAUGUUCGAGGUUAGACAUGGCAAAAGUCGGACAUCUAAGACACGUAUGGGUGUGUCAGAGCAGUCUCGCCAGAGAGGCAGGGAGCCUAUAGCUGCCAAUGGCUGCACAGUUCCACGAAAGAAGUCAACCAGUGCAGUAGACUGUAUUCAGUCAAACCCUUUUAUUACAGAACUCAGCAGAGACCAAAUCAUGACAAUCAAUAGCACCUUCCCACAGCAAAUGCCUCUGGACCUGUCUGAGCCCAUUGCUGUUGACUCUGACAGUGAGGAUGCAAAGGAGAAGGAUAACAGGGAGCAAGAUGAAGAGAUUCAUCUCCAUGGUAAUGAGCAGAUUACUGGAGCAAAUAUGAGGCUGGAGCCGAGGACUGAGGCUGUGACUGUUUCAGAUCUUGAUGAUAUUUCAGAUGAAGAUGAGGACGAUGAUGAUGAGGACGAUGACGAUGAGGAUGAUGAUGGCGAGGAACAUGUAGAGAACGGCUUUGGGCUGACUGAGGGUUCAAGAAGACGGGCAGUUAAAGGAAGAAAUGCUCUCCCCAUCAUUAUUCCGAGAUUUAUACCAUCUUCUGCACGGAGCGGCAGAGAUGGGGCCCAGCUGGGCAAACAGCAGGUCUGACUCAUUGUAUCCAACAGACAAAGUGAAACUUAUGGUUUGAUUCAUGCCAACAUGUCUGCCUCACGUGAACUGAAGGGUACUGUGCAGUUGCAUUGGACAUCUGAUCACUGAUGUGAGAACUCUUUCGGGUGGGGGGGGACUUAUUGCAAGCCAUUCAAUGACAUUUAAAGGUGCAGCUAGAAAUGAUGUACAGAUUUGUGUACAAAGUUGUAAUGGUUCUUCUCUGAGAAGGCGAAUGAAGUUUCACCAAAACAGUAGGAAGUGUCUUGUGUUCUGUAUACUUUGCUUCAUUCAGUCAAUGAGUUACAUGUUGAUUUAGCCGCUGAACGUCUACAGGUAUGUAUGGCUUAAACUUGAGUUAUUGUAACCAUCUAAGAUGGCCAUUUAAUCCAUCAAUUUUUAUGUCACAGUGAUCUACUUUGUGUAUAUUUGUACAGUCUUUUAGACAUGUUUGGACACAAGUUGCUGUACAUGUACCUUUUAAAUAUUUGCUAUUACCUGUUCGUGAGGUAGCCUCAUAUGUUCUACAAUCAGGGGCCACCAGCCCUGCUCCUGAAGACCACCUGCUCUGUAUGUUUCUCAACUCUCACAGCUCUACCCACUGUUAAGUCGGGUGUGACCAGCCAAUGAAGAACCAAAAAACACCAGAGAUGAUGAAUCUGCUGUGUUUGGAGCAGUUGCACAGGGCGGGUGAUCUGCAGGAGCAGGUUUGGUGACACCUGUUCUACAUUGUUAUGCUCAAUGAUAGGUGUUGCUUUGGUGACUGGUAUUUUCAUGUUUAUUUUUUAAGAAAAACCUAGUUUUUUGCUAAAUAAUAUAUAUAAUAAAAUUAUUGUUUUUUUUGACAUUAAACUGAUUAUCCAGUGGCUAAGCAUUUUGAAAUACUGCAGACUCUGGAGGCGCACAAUUUCAUCCAAGAUCCACGAGAGACAAUGGUAUGAUCUCUUAUCCCAAGCACCUUGUCCUUCUCAGAUGAGUUGCUGCACAAUGGAGCAUCACAAAAACUACCUGUAUGAACCACUUUCCUUCUUUUCAGACCAGUUAAUUUGGGUGAAUCACUCAAACAAAAGGCAGCUUCUGUGUCCACCAUUGCUCUCGUCUUUACUGGAAAUUGUCACGUGCCGAUUUUCGCACCAAAAUUUGUAGUGCAUUGUGGUAAACCUACGGUGCGUUAAUGAAAAUGCAAAGCUACUGGAUGCUUAAUUUCUAGUUCUAAAGUUUUGUUUUGUUUUUUAAAGAAGAGUACAUCUUUGUUUUUUGGGGGGUUUUUUGUUUGUUUUUUAAGUAUGAAGAUUUCAGACCCCCUCCCCCCCAGCUCUUUGCUAAUAAGCUUCGAGUGUCCUGUACUUGCUUCCUCUUUUCACAUAUUUAACUUAACCUGAAUUUGCCCAACAAGACUGGACAUCACCCACACUGACCACCAGAAAACUGAAGAAAAACUAUUUUUUUUAACUUGUCCUUUAUUUUGCUUUUUCUCUCUCCCACUUCAGCAUUUAUGAACAAUAAAGUGCUGUAUUGUGCUU